CCGCCAAGCCAAACAAACCCACCAAUUACCGAUCUCUCUUUCCUGUCUUUUUUUUGCCGCUCAUAACUCCAGCUUCGGGAAAAAAGAGAGUUGAUUCACAAAUUAAAAUGAAGAAGGCAAGAGAGUUAGAAAAGCUCAAGCAACCCUGUCACUUAAAAUUCAAGCUGAGAGUAGAAACGGCCAAACCAGAAAACAGAGGAGGAAGCAAAGUGGGAAAAAAGAGGGUAAUGAAUGAAUUUGUCUGGAAAUGGCUUUGGUCCUUGAAGCUCCCACCCAAGAUCCGCUUCUUCAUGUGGAGAUGCUUACGAAAUGCUCUUGCUACGAAGCUUAACCUCCACCGUCGACAUUGUGCUCCAAGCCCUUCCUGUCAGCUUUGCAGUGGGCCUGAGGAAAAUGCUCUUCACUGCCUCUUCUUGUGCCCACAUGCUGCUGCCACCUGGCACAAGAUGUUCCCGUCCCUCGGUCCUCCUCCUAACCUCACCCAAUGGAUUUUCUCCCUGAGGAAGGAGGAUAACCUUGAUUUGUGUCGAAAGAAGAUCUUCUGCUUGUGGAAUAUUUGGAAAGCUCGUAAUGAGUUCAUCUUCAGAAGGGUCGUCCCAGCCCCAUUUUUGACCGCCAUUUGUGCCUUCAGAGAUGCAGCUGAGCCUUGUUACAAUCCUCCUCCCGUUCCUUCCUUCACACAACCUAGAAACAUUCCACCACAAUCAUGCCCACCGCCAUUGUAUCCUCAGAAAAGGAUUUUCUGUGAUGGUUCUUUUGAUCAUAUGACACAGGAGGCGGCUUUUGGAGUAGUUAUUACUAACUCCAAUGGACAGAUUUGUGAUGGAAAGGCUGGAAGGAUCUCUUGUUCUUCCCCAAUUGAAGCAGAGGCACAUGCAAUUCUUGAAGUUUGCCAUUGUGCACUUGAAAACCCGUCUCCCUCAGUUAUCAUGUCCGAUGGCAAAAUUCGGGUGGACGCUCUAAACGGUGAGCCUGCUGAUUGGCCUUGGCGAUGUUACGCAGCUCUGUCCUCCAUUUCCAGAAUCUUGCAUCUUUCGACGGGGAUUAGUGUUUCUUUCACGAGCCGUCAGAACAACAAAUGUGCCGAUUGGGUUGCACGUAACUGUAGACUUAAUGGCCUUCAUCCUGAGUGGCUCCAUGUACUAAAUGUUGUUACUGCUUUGCUGUAACUUUGCUCUUUGGGGAAUGAACGAAUGAAAUCACUUUUCAAAAAUAAAAAUAAAAAUAAAGAAUGAAUUUGUCU